CUGCUCAACACACACGAACAGCAACAUUUGGGCAUACUGUAAAUCUUGUAUGUAACGGCUGGGGAGCGUCAGCGUCCUUCCCUCCUUAGGAGAUGAUCGUGAUAAUCAUCACAAAACCGUAUUUUCCGGCAGUGGAGUCUUCAGGAGAUGCCCAAUUUGUGAAGCCCCUGGGAACGCUGCGGGACAGUGUAUGUACUGCGGAUGAAGGCCACUUUUGCAGCUUGUAGAUGUAGGCGACAGCUCCAGCACCGCUCUCGUGAGUGGCAGUGAUUAGAAUCGGAGACUCUCUUGUCUGAUGAACGAGACCAGAGUGGAAUCGAAUUCGGGAAUAUGAGCAAAUUCGCAGGUGCGAGAUGAGCUUCGUCGCCACCGCAGAAGAAGAGACAGAGUUGUUCACUCAUCCCUUGUUCACGUCUUGUGGGUUUCCCGUGCGCAGCGAUGCGCAUCAUAAUUCACUCAAGAACUGAAAUUCUCUGCGUAACUGCCAGCCGACGAGCGCCACUCUUUCCUUAUGAAUCGAGCCCAAGCCUUGGGUGUACAGCGGCACGUCUGAUGCACAGGUUCUUCUUUCGCAUUGAAUUUUAUGACGGGGCUCGUGCAAGAACAAAGACUGCAGACUGAGAAGUGCUAAGAGAGACAUUUUGGUGUCUCAAUAUUGCACCCGAGCAGAUUUUUUCAAACUCCAGGAAUUCUGCCGGAGAAUGACUUCCAAUUUCUUCGCGGUUCCCUAAUCAUUUCAAUAAUCAGCGUCGUCAUCAUCUCAUAUCAGGACGUGAGAGUUGUGCUUUUCUCAUCCGUUGAUUGACAAGUGUACAAAUUAGUGCAUGGGCCCUGCAAAUCCUGAGAACUUGCGAAAUUUGUGAAGAGCUUUCGGUGCCUCGAAGAAGGGUCAGGUUGACUUCGUAAAAUUCCAAAUCGAGGUCCGAUGGAGUGGCUUUCGGGAGUCUAGCGCCCAGUCCAGCCUAGGUGGCAGCUUCAACUGCUCCUGAAUAUGAAGAUUCUUAGCUGCUAUCUGCUGCUGGCUGUUCUUCUCGUCUCCGUCGUGCCGUGGUUGAGCGCCGGAAAGGCAGAUUCAAGCGGGCAUGACAAGGUUGUUAGAUUAGCUGAAACCCCGCCCAGAGGUUGGAAUUCGUACGAUUCUUUUUCGUGGAUCGUGACGGAAGAGGAGUUCCUCCAAAAUGCCGAGUAUGUUGCUGCCAACUUGUCCAAACAUGGCUACGAGUACGUGGUCGUUGACUUCCUCUGGUAUAGAAGGUUUGAGCAAGGUGCUUCUGUUUGGAGUGGCGGCCAUGAAGUCACUGAUGAAUACGGACGGCUUAUGCCAGAUCCAGGGCGAUGGCCUUCAACCGUCGAUGGUAAAGGAUUCAAGCCAAUUGCAGAGAAGGUGCAUGCAAUGGGGUUGAAGUUUGGAAUCCAUGUCAUGCGAGGAAUCAGCACGGAAGCUGUGCAAACUGAUACUAAAAUUUGUAAUGCUAUGGGCAGUCCAGACGGCGCCGAAGGAUGCUAUUGGACAGCCAAAGAUGUUGCUCUCGCAGGAACAGAGUGCAGUUGGAUGAAGGCUUGCUUCAUGAGUGUCAAUACUACCAGUGAGGGAGGCCUUGCAUUUAUCAAUUCUCUUUACCAACAGUAUGCGGACUGGGGUAUUGAUUUCAUAAAACACGACUGUGUAUUUGGGGUGGAUGACCUCAGCGUGGAUGAAAUUACAGCCGUAUCUAAGGCUAUAUCAAGAACAGGGCGUCCAAUGGUAUACUCACUUUCUCCGGGAGUACGUGCUACACCCAAAAUGGCGAAAGAAGUAGCAAGUCUAACGCACAUGUAUCGAGUGACGAGUGAUGAUUGGGAUUUGUGGUGGGAAGUUUUGUUGCACUUUCCUGUCGCAAGGGACUUCGCUGCUGCCGGGCUCAUUGGUGCACCUGGACUUCAAGGAGGUCUUUCCUGGCCGGACUUGGACAUGCUUCCUCUUGGGUGGCUUACAGAUCCAGGUGUGAAUUACGGGCCUUACAGAUCGUGUUCUCUUACCAGAGCAGAACAGCGCACACAGGUCACUCUAUGGUCGAUCGCAAAAUCACCGCUGAUUUUCGGUGGCGACCUACGAAACUUGGAUCAGUGGACUUUUGAUUUGAUCACCAAUCCUACAGUUCUGGAGAUGAACGCACACAGCACCCGCAAUCAAGAGUUCCGAAGUUCGCCAGCCGGAUUCUUGCCAGUAGUCACACUGGAAGAUUGUGUGUCAGCAGCAUCAACUCAAUGGAAGUUGCAGAGAGGGAAGGACGACCUGAUGGAAGUUUGCUGGUCUCGUUCAUCUCGACUGAGAUACUCAAGGGGGCGGCAACAGCCAGUGCUGACAGGCUGUUUAAAUUGGACAAAAACGCCUUGGAUGCACAAAGAAACGAGCGUCAAGAGCGAGCGAGGUCUCCUCUGGAGAGAAGCUGGACUGAGAAGAAUAUGUCUGGACGCCGACAAGUCAUUGACAGAUGCCAUGGAAGGCUCUGCUGGUUUUCGCCUUUGUAACAACAGCGCAAGCCAGGUUUGGCACUUGACACCAGAGGGAAGGCUGGUCAGUGAAGAAGCUGGACUUUGUGCAGCCGUAGUGCAACCUGAGCAAGGAUGGCGCAUCUGGGUUGCCCGCGGUACAUCAGGGCAAGGCUAUGUGGCAUUUUUCAACCUGGGAGAAAACCGGCAAAAUCUGUCGGUACCUUUGGAGGAUGUUUUGAGGAAACUAGAUCUCUCUACUUCAGGAGGCAGCGUGCUGCAUCAGGCGAUAGAUCUCUGGUUACGGAAGAUUUGGAAGCAGUUAUUUAGGACUUUCGAUUACCUAGGAAGUAAAGUCUACCCACAGCAGAAUAUCGGGUCCCCUGUGACUCUGAGGCGAAGCGAAUGGACUUGUAUCUGUAUCGAUGUAUGGGAGGGAAAACCGCAGCCUCGAGGUAUCAUAACGAGCUCCGUUACCGCUUCAGUUGAAGGCCAUGGAACAACACUAAUAGAACUGACGUGCGUACGAAGUCCCCGACAUAGUCAAGCCACCAUUGCGAUGCUCAGUGUUUUAUUCCUCCCAUUUAUCAUGACUGUAGUCGCUUAUCUUGUUCCCAGAAAUUUCUGGAAUAAGCUCAUGUCUGGACGUGUUGGAGUCAGUCCAAUUGAAAAGGCUCUUAUAGGUGGGUAGAUAGUGAGACCUCAGACCGUGAGUUGUGAGUAGCAUCCUCUAAGGCAAUUUUCAAACGAGGAAAAAUCUGGACAGAUAGAACAGUAGACGUAGCAAAACAGACUUUUCCGAAAUGUAUAUCUCCACUCAUGGACAGCCAUCAAAUCCAAUAGCUCUCC